AUGGGAGACUAUGAUGUGAAGCCAUGGGGAAAAAGUGCGUGUACAAAAGAGAACCGUUUAAAAGUCAACCAGUUCCUACCAACCUCUCACAGUAAUACUACGUUCCUUGUUAAGCCGAAUAACAUGAUAAAAUCAAAAUGCUUUCUUCCAAUCCUGAUCUUUUAUAUGAUGACGCUGACUUCUGCUACUGCACCAUGCAAACUGCGAGUUUACCUGGCCAGGGCUGAACAAACCGAUGAAAAUGGUCGCAAAUGCUGGGACACUGUGAAGGUGCCUGCUUGUGGAGGAAGAUGUGAUUCUAGAGAGAUUUCAGACUGGGCGUUUCCCUUCAAGAAGUCUCAUCAUCCAGUCUGCGUUUAUGGCGGUCGCCGUCCAUUGAUGGUGCGUCUCCGUCACUGCGAUCCUGGAGUUAUUGCUGGGACAGACAUCUUUCACUACAUUGCCGCUGAAGACUGCAGGUGCAAGGUCUGUUCUUCCGAAUACACUAGCUGCGAAUGGCUUCCACCAAACUCAACAGUCCUGGACGGAAUCUAUGACUUUGAAGAUUUUGAUGAAGUGUAAAACAACAAAUACUUGAAUUAUGAAUUAAUAAACUAUACAGCAA